AGUUGAGCCAUCACACCGCCCAAUGACAUACUUCUUUUAUGGGGCACCUCAAGGACACUGGUUCCCAGGCACAUCUGAUGUUUGUCUCCUUGUCCCUGACUCAUGUCCCUUCUGUGUUUCAGCUCAGCCCCGGACCAGGGCAAAGCUGUCAGGAACAGACAAGACCAGAGCGUGCCGCUACCCAUAGCAACCCAGAAUUUUGUCAUCUCCUCCGUCUGACUCCCUUGCUUUGAACUUUCUAGUUUCUUGGGCCAGCUUUGCUCAUACCCGCCAGCCUAGCCUCCAGGCCAUUGGCCCGUGCAGAAUACGUGCCUCUGGUUGGCGGUGCUAAGGGGGCCGGACCGAGCUCAGCAUGUCCGCCAAGGUGCCCAUCUACCUAAAGCGCGGCAGCCGCAAGGGCAAGAAGGAGAAGCUGCGGGACCUGCUCUCGUCAGACAUGAUCAGCCCGCCUCUGGGGGACUUCCGCCACACCAUCCACAUUGGCAGUGGCGGGGACGGCGACAUGUUUGGGGACAUCUCCUUCCUGCAGGGCAAGUUCCACCUCCUGCCGGGCACGGCCGAGGAGGGGUCCAGUGACCUUCCCUUCCGGUUCACCCACACGGGGGCUGCCACCACUGGCACCUUGCGUGGGCGCGAGCUCCCAGAUGGGCUGUCCCCGCUGCUCAAGAACGCCAUCUCCUUGCCGGCCAUGGGUGGGCCUCAGGCACUCACCCUGCCUGCAGCCCAGGCUCCCCCGAAACCGCCUCGCCUGCACCUGGAGAGCCCCUCACGUUCCCCAGAGCCCUCCCCACCGGAGGCAGAUGGCUUGGUGCUCUGGAGGCUCCCCGAAGCUGGUUCGUCCCUCAAUGGGCUGCCCCCUGAGUCGGGCGCCGAAGAGCCUUUCUUGUCCCACGCCAGCUCCAUGCUGUCCCUGCAUGUGGACCUGGGGCCCUCCAUCCUGGACGAUGUCCUUCAGAUCAUGGAACAGGACCUGGGCAAAGUACAGAUCCCCACGUAGGACCUGCAGCUGGGAUGCCAGGAGGCAGGGUGUGGACCAAUUCCCCUCUCCCCACCCCGGCUGAGGCAUUGUGGUGCCCAGAGGUACCCACGUGAUCCAUUCUCCUUUUGAGCCUUGCUGACUACCCCCUCCAUCCUCUCCCCAGGGCAGUGUGGACCUUGUUGCUUCCCCCUAAUAGCCCACAAGGACACAGACACAAGUCAGCCCCCUGGGGACCACCACGGGGGUCCCCACUGCCACCAUGUCCCACACCCCAGGCCCCUUGGACCAGGACCCUGUGGAAGUGGACUGUCCUCCCCCUGACUCUGCCCCAUGGGUACCUGGUUUGGGGGUAAGAGGAAGAGCGAGCCAGAGGCCCAGGCACUGGGCAGGCCGGCAGUUCUGGACCUUGACCUUGAUUCUUGUCCUGGACGGGGAGCGUGUGUGCGUUCUGCCUCGGUCCCCACCCCACCGCUUCCUCACAUGACCAGGGCAUUCUGGUUGCAAUAAAACAUGCUGCUGGUGGCGGUAGUGCUGGGUGAGCCACUGUGCCCUCAUAUUCCAG